CAGGCGACAAAGGCUAGGGUUCCUGUUCCUGCAGCCUCGCAUACUACAGGGACUCCUGCAAGAGGGCAUGUGAACCCGGGAGCUCUCAGCUAUUUUGCUCCUUUUUCCACCAGCAGCCCACCAUAAUAGCCAAAACAGAAAGACAAAGAACAAAUGUUACAAGGCAAGGCUCUCAGAAGAUCUCGGAGGCACGGGGCGUUCAAUGGGGACUUUGCCAGGCUGCUGCCCCUCAAUGAACCUCUGAGUCCUGGCCUGAAGGGCUAAGGUACUGGCUACAAUGUGGAACCCCAGGAGAGCCAACCUGACUACCCUUUGCUCUAAGAAGAAGCCUCAAAUGAAACUGGUCUGAAAUCAGAGCAAGGACUAGAGAAAGAUUUAUUUGUUAAUGGAAAGAGGAAAGGAGAAAAGGGUUUCCAAAAACUUGCAACAAACUUUCCAUCGCUCUAAAGAACCUACCUUCCUUAUCAACCACGCUGUUCUGUCUCAUGACUCCUCUUCUAGCCUUUUGCCAGAAACAGAGCAAGUCAAUCCUGCUGAAAACAUAAAGACAAACCCUCAGAAAACUAGGCCUGGAACUGUGAUCCUCUCAAAACGGUCCGGUAAGAGAAUUAUGUCGGAAAGCCAGCCUAGCCCACCCGUGAUCCCGUCCCGCAGGCCCGGAUUCCGCAUAUGCUAUAUCUGUGGCCGAGAAUUUGGGUCCCAAUCACUCGCCAUUCAUGAGCCCCAGUGCUUGGAGAAGUGGCGAAUUGAAAACAGCAAGUUGCCCAAGCACCAGCGGAGGCCAGAACCCUCCAAACCACAGCCCCUGGGCGGCGGCAGUGGGUCCGACAUUCUUCAGGCAAUGAACGAGGCAGCGUUCCAGAGUUCUCAGGCCCAGCUGCUGCCCUGCGAGUCCUGUGGCCGCACAUUCUUGCCAGACCGUCUUCUUGUUCACCAGAGAAGUUGCAAGCCCAAGGGUGGUGGGCCCAGAGAACCAAACAGCAACAAUUCUAAUGACCUGCCUGGUCUUAGGAAAACUUCUGGUGGCAUCCCAGCUCGACCAAGGACUCUCAUCUGCUACAUUUGUGGCAGGGAAUUUGGCUCCCUCUCCCUUCCUAUUCAUGAGCCCAAAUGCCUGGAAAAGUGGAAAACAGAAAAUGACCGGCUCCCCAGGGAGCUCCGCCGGCCAUUCCCACAGAAGAAGCCUCAGCCCCUGGUACCUGACGAGGGGCCAAGUGAAGCUCAGCUUGAGCCCUGCCCAAACUGUAGCCGGACCUUUGCUCCCCAGAGCCUUCUGGUGCAUCUGAGAAGUUGUAAGGCUCAGCCAAGUGGGCCACGCGUUCAGAAUUUGACUUUAGAGAGUAAAGGUGGCCUGAAAGAGUCCACUAAUUUCAAGCAGCAAAGGCACGUGGCCGCGCCCACUGUGACUGACAAGGUAAUUCCUGCCACAUGAGAUGCCCUGGUUGGACCGGGCAGUGCGUACUGCCUCCAGGGGAAUGAGAGAAAACAGACCCCGAAUCAACUGCCUCAAGCCCUAGAGUGGUUUCUUUCCAUGGCUAUUUCUGACUCAAUGCAGCCUGUCCAAGUUGACCCCUGUCCCACUCCAGGGGCUGUAUCUCUGAUGGCAACCUAGACAUAAGAACAUCCUUGCCUGGCAGAUUCAUAGUUCUCUUCCAUUCUGUUGAGAGAGAGAGAGAUUGAGAGAGAGAGAGAGAGAGAAACUUCUUUUUUUCCCUGGCCCCUCCUACCAAUAAUCCUUGGGAGAGACCGUUAUUUGAAAAUGAGUCAUUAAUGCUAUGUCUACAUUACAGAGCUAUACUCCCCGUUCCAAAAGCCAAUAUUUAUUACCAGUUUAUUUUAGUCAUCUACCUUAGGAAUUCAUUUUUGGCAACACUGGGUUAUGCUGAGUUUAUCUUACUAAAAUAGAAUCUGUGUCAAAAACCCCAAAUGACUUUAGCAAUAAUUAAACACUGGCGCACUCGCAGGAAUAGACGUGCUCUGUGAAUACAGCAUGUUUUCUGUUAACGCUUACAUGAUUGUAGUAUGUGGGGAAUUAACCCAGUGUAGACACCCAAGCAGGGAAGUGUGUGUUCCUGGUUCUGGGUCGUGCUGAAUUCCCGCUGCUGCUCUGUACCUUUUAUCUGGGUUGGACACCACGCUCUGACUCACCACUUGGGCAAUUGUAAAUAAGCAUGACCCAGGGGUUCCCAGUCAUAGGGUGUAGUGUUGUUGGGUUUUCACCUGAAGUUUCUUCGUCAGCCAGGAUUGGGGAAGGAUGCUCAUGAGGGUGGCUACCUGCAAAACAGGGCACGGUCCAUGGACUCUGUCCUACACUUAAGCCAGGGGGAUGGAUGUGCUGUCCUUGUCACAACUUACAGAUGUCAAAUCAUGAAAAAUAGGAUGUGGUCAGUCCUUCUCCUUCUCCUCCUUCUCCUUCUCCUUCUCCUUCUCCUUCUCCUUCUCCUUCUCCUUCUCCUUCUCCUUCUCCUUCUCCUUCUCCUCCUUCUUCUCCUCCUCCUUCUCCUUCUCCUUCUCCUUCUCCUUCUCCUUCUCCUUCUCCUUCUCCUUCUCCUUCUCCUUCUCCUUCGAUUUGCUACUUGAAACACCCACCUGCAUGAUUCUUUAAAUGGACUGUUUUCAAAAAAUAAAAAAUAAAUAAAUGGACUGUUUUGGGGAAACUAAGGUUACUCAAGGUAUUGCAAAGUAUUAAACCAAACGGGGGUGGGGGAUCUUUUAUGUUUAAUUCAGUGUUUCUUCCUUACUCUUUCAUUGCAUUAUUUUGGCAAAUAUCUAGUACUUUUCUCUAACUACCAUGUUUAAAAUGACAUUAUAUGGACUUGCUGGUUUAGAAGAUUUCAAGAUAAUGAUCCUAAAGCUGAAGAGUCACACUGACAGAAGCUGGGUAAGUGUUCCGAUGAACAUUGAAGAAAGGAUAGCUGGUUUCUUCGCCGGAUGAAAACCCAAACUCUUGAGUGUGGCAAGGACUGCAGGCUGGUCUCAUAAACAUGAUCUGUUUUUCCCA